AUGCCAGAUGAGCAGACACCUCUCCUAGCGGUGGUUCGUGUUGCACAGCGAAGACCACGAUAUCAGCAUUCAACAGUCCGCCGCUUCUGCACGAUCGUGCUGUCUGGCGCCCUAGUCGUUGCACUUAUAUGUCUUCUACUUCCAGCCGCAUUCCUGCCCGUUGCCGAUGGCCCAAAAUCAUCAUAUCUGCCCUGGGCAAAUCCAUUUCCCCAUCAAGCAUGGCCGGGAGGUGAUGGUAUGACAUAUGAAGAGCUGCAGACGAUAUUACUGCAAACACCUAACGAAGUGGAGGCGAGAAAAUCGAGCGAGUAUUACACAGCCGGCCCGCAUCUUGCAGGUAAGAAUUUGAGUCAGGCACUCUGGACCAAGGAAAAAUGGGAGGACUAUGGAGUCACAUCGUCGAUUGUGGCCUAUGACGUAUACCUGAACUACCCCUUGGACCAUCGCCUUGCCCUACUGGAGGGUGUUGACCUUGCGACAAACAGGCACAAGAUCAGGUACGAGUGCAGUCUGGAAGAAGAUGUUCUUGAUCAAGACCCAACAACUGGUUUGAGUGACCGGAUACCCACCUUCCACGGCUAUUCUGCCAGCGGUAAUGUCACUGCUCCUUAUGUGUAUGUCAAUUUCGGAACGUACAAGGAUUUUGAGGACCUACUUGCUGCCAACGUGUCUCUCGCAGGCAACAUAGCUAUCGCAAAGUACGGGCGCGUGUUCCGAGGCUUGAAAGUCAAACGCGCGCAAGAGCUUGGAAUGGUUGGCAUGGUCAUGUAUACAGAUCCGCAAGAGGAUGGGGAAAUGACUGUUGCCAGCGGCUACAAGGCAUACCCUGAAGGGCCAGCACGGAAUCCUAGCAGCGUACAAAGAGGCAGUACACAAUAUAACAGCGUCCUAGCUGGAGACCCGACUACUCCGGGGAUACCAUCAAAACCAGGUUCGCCACGUGUUGAUCCGCACAAGGCGAUUCCAUCGAUUCCCUCCUUGCCUAUUUCUUAUCGUGACGCGCUUCCAUUGUUGAAGGCAUUGAAUGGUUAUGGACCAAACGCCUCUCAUUUCAAUAAAUACUGGCAAGGUGGUGGGCUUACGCACGAGGGCGUUGAUUAUAACAUUGGUCCGAGCCCUGACUCGCUCGUGCUGAAUUUGAUGAAUGCUCAGGAAUACACUACCACACCAAUAUGGAACGUUAUUGGUGUUAUAAAUGGCAGCAUCCCAGAUGAGGCUAUAAUUCUCGGCAAUCACAGAGACGCCUGGAUUGCUGGAGGUGCUGGUGAUCCCAACUCAGGCUCAGCAGCCUUUAAUGAAGUAAUUCGCGCAUUUAGUGUCGCGAUGCAAGCUGGAUGGAAACCUCUCCGCACCCUUGUCUUCGCAAGUUGGGACGGUGAAGAGUAUGGGCUUCUUGGAUCGACAGAGUGGGUGGAAGAGUAUCUCCCUUGGCUUUCCGCUGGGAGCGUCGCAUACCUGAACGUUGAUGUGGGGUCUGUUGGCCCCAAACUCAACGCUGCUGCCUCUCCUUUGCUUAACAAGGUCAUUCUCGAGGCGGCUGGUUUGGUCCCUUCUCCGAAUCAAACUGUGCAAGGGCAGACUCUACUCGAUACAUGGGAUAAGAGGAUCAAGACGAUGGGAUCAGGAAGUGAUUUUACUGCUUUCCAGGACUUUGCGGGAAUACCCUCGCUUGAUCUGGGCUUCAAGGAGGCCCCUAACUCCCCGGUCUAUCACUACCAUUCCAAUUACGAUAGUUUCUACUGGAUGGACAAGUUCGGCGAUAAUCAGUGGCACUGUCAUAUCACUAUUGCAAAAUUGUGGGCUCAAAUCGCCAUGCAGCUCUGUGAAACUCCAGUUCUGAGCUUAAAUACCACGGACUAUGCUUUGGCUCUUAGUAGGUACCUUGAAGGUGUCAAGGAGAAGGCGAAAAAGUCCACAAUAGGCGAGGAUAGCGCAUUCUCUUUCAAGUUCCUCGACCACGCAACCUCCGAAUUACAAGCUGCAGCCACCAGAUUCGACACCUACACCGCUAACCUAAUUCUCCGCCUCUCAAAGCCCGUUCCCUGGUGGCAAUGGUGGAAAACGGUGAAACUGCUCUAUGAAGUCCGCAAAGCAAACACCAAAUACAAACUAUUGGAACGGCAAUUCCUGUAUCCCGGUGGACUGGAUCACAGGCCCUGGUUCAAGCACGUGGUUUUUGCGCCGGGGAGGUGGACAGGGUAUUCUGGUGCGACGUACCCGGGGCUGGCGGAGAGCUUGGAGGAUGGGAAUGUUACGAAUGCGGUGAGGUGGGGGGAGAUUAUUGUGGAGAGGUUAGAGGGGGCGAAGAGCUUGCUUGAGAAAUGA